AUUACCAUUUGUGGCAUAAUUGCGUAAGUUUUAAUACUGAAGUCAGUCUUUGACGUCGGGAGUUAGUGAGAAAUCAUUUAUCUCUCGUAAUUACCGGGAAUUGACUGUGUAUCUACCUGUAACACAUUUUGCGUGUGGUUUCUACUAUACUAAAAAGUAAAGGGAGCUAAUUUGCAUUUUUAGUGCUUUUUACUCGCAUUUACGGCAAAUCUUCACAUGUCAUACUUUGAGCGCAUCUCUCUGCUAUUGCUGUUGAACAUUCCUAGUAUGACUUACUACAAUACGUGAGAAAUUAUACGGAUUUUAAUAGAGCACGGGCAUAUACAAUUCGGAUUAUCCUGUGGAAUACUUCAGUUUGUAUAAUACGCGAUUUAUCAUAAAUUUAGCUGAAUAUGUUUGACGAUCAUUUUGAGGGCGGUGACGCUGGAGCGUCCCAUACUAUUCCAGUUCAGGCUGGUGCCAUCAAGAAGAACUCCUUUGUUAUGCUCAAGGGCCAUCCAUGCAAGGUCGUUGAGUACUCAACCAGUAAGACAGGAAAGCAUGGUCAUGCAAAGGCCAACAUCACCGGAAUCGAUAUCUUUACCGGAAAGAAGUACGAAGAUAUCUGUCCUACUUCCCACAACAUGGACGUCCCUACUGUCAAGCGCACUGAAAUUCAGCUCAUUGCUAUCGAUGAUGGCUUCACUACCUUGUUGAACCCUGAUGGAUCCACCAGGACCGAUUUGCCAUUGCCCAAGGACUCUGAGGGUGCCUUUGAUGAAGUUUCUAAGCAGGUAAUGGCUCUCUACGAUGCUGGAAAGGAAGUCUUGGUCACUGUCUUGUCAGCCUGCGGAAUUGAGAAGAUUAUUGCCUGCAAGGAAUUGGCAUCUUAG